AUGAAGCGCCACAGAGAGACCAUCACCCCGCCUCCUCGGCCCCUAAAGGCCCGACCCCAGGAGGCGCGUGGCUGCCAUGAACAGCAGGAUGUGGAAAGACGAGGUUCCGCGCAGCAGGACCCAGAGUCCCACGAGAAGCUGGCCCAACGCAUUGAGAAGGACGUGCAAAUCCUGAACUGUUCCCUGGAUGACAUUGAGGUGUUUGUGUCUCGGCUGCAGAAGGCUGCAGAGGCCUUCUCUCAGCUCAACCAGCGRAACAAGAGUAAGAAGAGUAAGAAGAAAGGACCAGCAGACGGCAUGCUGACCCUGAGAGCGAAGCCCCCUCCGAGGCAGAGUUCAUGAUAGCCUACAGAAACUGAAAGCUCGCCUUCAACC